AUGGUACAUCCUCGUCUCUGUUACAGACACAGGAAUGCAGCUCCAGGAGGCGAUACACAACGACCACCUGGUGAUCAGUGUGAGACAUGUCAAACCUCGCAAGCGACUGAGGGCUUCCAUGGAGACUCUCCUGGCUCUAGACCUCCUACACUACUGUACAGUGUCGUCUCAUGGUACACCCUCGUCUCUGUUACAGACACAGGGCUGCAGCUCCAGGAGGCGAUACACAACGACCACCUGGUGAUCAGUGUGAGACAUGUCAAACCUCGUAAGCGACUGAGGGCCUCCAUGGAGACUCUCCUGGCUCUAGACUUCCUACACUACUACACAGGACUGCAGCUCCAGGAGGCGAUACACAACGACCACCUGGUGAUCAGUGUGAGACAUGUCAAACCUCGCAAGCGACUGAGGGCCUCUAUGGAGACUCUCCUGGCUCUAGACCUCCUACACUACUACACAGGACUGCAGCUCCAGGAGGCGAUACACAACGACCACCUGGUGAUCAGUGUGAGACAUGUCAAACCUCGCAAGCGACUGAGGGCUUCCAUGGAGACUCUCCUGGCUCUAGACCUCCUACACUACUACACAGGACUGCAGCUCCAGGAGGCGAUACACAACGACCACCUGGUGAUCAGUGUGAGACAUGUCAAACCUCGCAAGCGACUGAGGGCCUCCAUGGAGACUCUCCUGGCUCUAGACUUCCCUGGCAGUCAGCAGAAACUGGUGGUAAUGCUGGACAGGAGGGAAAGCAGAGUGUUGUUGGAGACCAUGGAGGAAGGAAGGUUGAAGACGCAGCACUUCUCCGUAGACUCCAUCACGGAGGAUUCAGUCAUAGACUCUUUGGUGCUCUCCAUACAACAGAACAGACCUCAGCCUCACAUAGCUCUGUAUGUGGACUGUGUCAAACAAGGAGUCCUCAAUACUCCGAGGACACUGAGAGAUAUGUACCUAACAAUGAGGAGGCCUAGGCUACAGGUGUACCACGAGAGGAGGUACACUAUCGAGGUAGACUCCAACUCUGCUCUGGAGAAGGUGUUGAACAGGCACAAUUGUCCAGACUCAGACGCAAACCAGAUGCAGGCUAUCGAACCUUCGUCUGACAGAACCAACGAAGUUGUCAGAGGGGACAUUCCUAUCAUCCAUGAUUGUGAUGAUAACAUGUUGGUGAAGGCCAUCAACGAACUAGUCAAGGUUGUGAAGAAUCUCCGAGAAGAAGUUGAAUCUCAGAAAGUGGAGACGCACAAACUUCGCCAGAUCCUAGAGGAGUGCGACCUUUGCCAACCAGGCAGACCACCCCGUAUCACAUGUCGCAGCAACCCCCCGCCAUGCUUCCCCGGUGUGGAGUGUAGAGACGCCCCCGACGGGCCCCGCUGUGGAAGAUGUCCUCAAGGCUACGUAGGCGACGGCAAACGCUGCAAACCUGGCAGAACUUGUAACGAGCGACCCUGUGCCCCUGGAGUAAGAUGCUACGACACAGUUGAAGGUUUCCAAUGUGGCCCGUGCCCGGCUGGGAUGGUGGGAGACGGUCAACGAUGCAAGCCCAGGGGAGGAUGUGACUUGAAACCUUGCUCCGAAGGUGUUCAGUGCCAGAAUCUGCCUGACCCUCCAUACUACAGAUGCGGUGCAUGUCCUGCCGGCCUCACUGGGAACGGUACCAACUGCCACGACUUGGACGAGUGCGACCUGGCCGAACCUUGUUUCCCUGGAGCUCGUUGCACCAACUUGCGCCCCGGCUACCGCUGUGGCCCGUGUCCUGCGGGAUUCACAGGAUCCUCCGGAGUGGAGGGGGCAGGAAUGGAUGCAGCCUACCGCAACAAACAACGGUGCUACGACAUUGACGAGUGCGGGGACGGAAGGAAUGGAGGCUGCGCACCUAACAGCGUCUGUAUCAACACUGAGGGUUCCUUCCGAUGCGGUGGUUGUGUUUCCGGUUUUGUUGGCAACCAAACAGUUGGAUGUCACAACCGUCCCGGGCUGUGUCCGGAUGGGACUCAAUGUGACACCAACGCUCAGUGUUACCGCACAACCAUGAACACUUACGGUUGCCGGUGCAAAACCGGCUGGGCUGGUGACGGACGGAUGUGUGGCCCUGACAGAGACUUGGACGGGUUUCCAGACUACGACCUCGGCUGUACCCACAGCAGGUGCAGAAAGGACAACUGUGUGGAUGUCCCGAACUCUGGACAGGAGGACGCGGACGGAGACAAGAUAGGAGACACUUGUGACCCUGACGCUGACAAUGACGGAAUACCUAACAGAUCUGACAACUGUCUCCUGGUACACAACCCAGAUCAGUCGGACACCGACACUGGUACUCCAGACAAGCAGGGUGAUGCUUGUGACAACUGUCCUACCAUCGCCAAUCCGAACCAGGAGAAUGUGGACAAGGAUCAGUUCGGAGACGCUUGCGACCCUGAUAUCGACAAUGACGGGAUACCCAACCAUCUGGACAAUUGUCCGCGUCGUGCAAACUCUGACCAGCGAGACCAGGACGGAGACGGACUGGGCGACCCUUGCGACAACUGUCCGAACAUUCCCAACAGAGAUCAGACCGACACUGACGACGAUCACGUCGGGGACGAGUGUGACAAUGACAUCGACAGAGACAGGGAUGGUAUCCAGGACAGUGCAGACAACUGCCCCGCCAUUCCUAACAGUGAUCAGCUGGAUACAGAUGGGGACGGGCGGGGGGAUGCCUGCGACCCUGACAGAGACGGUGACGGAAUACCCAACGAACAAGACAACUGUCCCCUUGCGUACAACCCAAGUCAGGAGGAUCUGGAUGGGGACGGUGUCGGCGACAUCUGCGAUGGGGACUGGGAUUUGGACAAAGUUCCCAACUAUUUGGACAAUUGCCCCAACAACUCAAAGAUUUUCUCCACUGACUUUAGGACGUACCAGACGGUGGUUUUAGACCCUGAAGGCGAGUCCCAAGUAGACCCGGAAUGGGUCAUCUACAACAAAGGUGCAGAAAUCGUACAAACUGUAAACAGUGAUCCGGGAUUGGCUAUUGGUUACGAUGCUUUUGGAGGUGUCGACUUUGAAGGGACAUUUUUUGUCGAUACUGAGAUUGACGAUGACUACAUCGGAUUUGUUUUCAGCUAUCAAGACAAUCACAAGUUUUACACUGUGAUGUGGAAGAAGAACGAACAAACGUACUGGUCGACAACACCUUUCCGAGCAGUAGCGGAGACGGGAAUACAGAUCAAGGUGGUCCAGUCGUCCACAGGUCCCGGGGAAAUGUUGCGGAACUCUCUGUGGCACACUGGCGACACGGAGAAUCAGGUUCGACUGCUGUGGAAGGACCCCAAGAAUGUCGGAUGGAGAGAGAAAGUCGCUUAUCGGUGGCUGUUGCUGCAUAGACCUCACAUCGGCCUUAUACGAUUGAGGAUGUUCCAGGGUACCACGAUGGUGGUCGACUCUGGGAACGUGUUUGACUCCACGCUGAAGGGCGGACGUCUUGGUGUGUUCUGCUUCUCACAAGAAAUGAUUAUCUGGUCAGACCUCGUCUAUAGGUGUAAUGACAACGUCCCAGAAACUGUUUACCGAGAAUUGCCACCCAACUUGCAGAAAGACGUUCAGGUCGAUCACAGUCUUCCUCCGCAACAAAGACUCGAGGGAUGAACAGCGGAAAUGCUUCACGACAAACUAAACAUUUCUUGAAUGGUAUCUGUCUUGGGUAGUAGCAUGGCGAAUUAAUAGUGCUACAAUGGUUCUAACUACAACUUUAGAUCCUCUUGAAUUUACAUAUAUGCUAAAGUAAGAAUAGUAGCAUUUAUCAAACAUACUUAGCGUUAAACCCAGUUAAAAAAGGCCGUGAGUAAAAUUAAACGUAUUUUCAGGUUUUAAUAGGGUGACAUAACAUGGUUUGGAUUCUUUGUUUAAAGUUCAUUUCUGGUGAUGGUGAGUUUGUUGUGUUUGAUGAAUUAUUGCGGACAUUUUCCAUUACGAUUAGUAAGUAAUAAACAAGUUUUCAAAACGUUUUAGGAUCUGGAAUCUUAUCUCACCUGAAGUCGGUAACAGAUUCGAGAUCCCAAAAUGUUGGGCAACUUUUUUAUGUUAUGGAAAAUGUCCGCAAUAAUUCCUCAAAUUGGGAUGGAAUUAAAGCUAAGACCAAUCAAGGUUUUUAGUUUGGUCAUCACAUGAAAAACACUGGUUUGGACACAACUUAUAAACUUUAGAACCACCUAUGUGGAAAAUAAGAUAUAAUAUCUCUUAAACACUAAACUUCAUGGAAAACCAUAAGAAAUUGUCCAAAUUUCAACUGUUUUAAAAUUUUAUACCCAUGGUGAGACUUCACUUAGUAAACCGAAAAAAAUAGUGUGUUAUAAUGUAAAAAAAAGUAUUUUCACUGAGACCAACUGCUAUUAGUAUGUAACGGUAGUUAAUUAAAAUAUACCCUAUUAUUUACACAUUGAUUAAGUAUUAAGUGCCAUGUUAUUGCCCAUAUAAGGCUACCUCAAUUCUGUGUACUUAUAUGUUCAUUAAAAAUAUUUAUGGUCUAUGUGUAAGAUAAUACAAGUAUUUAAAAUAUACUGUAAAUAUUCAUUUAUAUGGAUAAGAAUAUGUUUAAUAUAUGAGUCUUGUAAAUAACAUUAGUGAUGUAGCCUAUAAGAAAAUAAAUCUGUGUUGUAGAAAAAAUAUUUUUUUAUACCUGAAGAUAAAAUAAACCAAGGAAACUAAUUUACUAAGAUAGACAUUUUUGUAAUAAUAAAGCAAAAUGUUAAUACUAAUAUUCAUCGUCUUAAUUGGUACAGAUUUUGCAACCUUUGUUUUUUUUUGGAAGAACAGAUUAAAAUGAACUGUUUUAACUCGUUUUACUAGGCUAACACAAAGAACCAACUUUGUAACAAAUUUAUACAAAUAAAGUUAUUUAAUACUUUUGUA